AUCUAGGAUCCAUGAACUUCCCAAUGUUUUUGCCUGCGACAUUCCUACUGCUCUCGGCGUCUCUCGUCUGCUGCGUGAUCGAUUCCAUCAGCUUUUCGAAGUACUACUACGACAGCGCGAACUCGAAGUGCACCAGCCAGCUGGCGAGCAAGGAAGUGAAAGCCUUGCCUGGCUUCAAGAGUACAGCUCUUGCCUGUUCACUGACGUGCAAAAACGACCCUGUUUGCGAUUUCUUUCUGAUUAAAGGUGCCAACUGCGUGAUUUACCUGGGCGCGGCACCUCCGGGAAGCCCCGAACCCCCGACCCCCAACUUUAUAGAGGCUUAUCAGAGGGGCGUAGCAUCAGAUUUGUCUUUGUACAAGACUAUCACUAGUGCUGGUAGUCUUGUAGGCUUCCCAGUACCCUUUAGCUCACUUGUGGAUGGCGUUAUGUGCGGCCGUAGCGACCAGUACAGCUGCCCUUGCACUGAUACGAACAAAAACGCUUUUAUCAGAACUGACCUCGGAAGCUCGUACAACAUCAGGAAAGUUGUCAUCACUCCAUCAUUCGGGACAAAAGCCUCUUCACUAAAAAGCAUUGUCAUCUACAUUGGCGACACCGGGAGUUACCAGACCGAUACUUUUGCGUUGCAGAGAAACACCAGUUACGUAACGCCUUACACUGCUGAAACAUUCAACGUUAACGGACAAGGCCGCUAUGUUACCAUUUAUAGAUCUUACUCGGUUGGAGGAUCCAUCUGCAUAUGCCACCUGCAAAUCCACGGCUUCUCGUGAGAGAUAAAACUAAGGUUGCUGUUUACUUGAAAAUGAUACACAAGAUUACGAGGUUAAUCACUAUACAGAGAAAAGAAGUUUCGAAGGAAAAUUGCUGAUACAAUGUCAAGGAGCAAUGCAUGGUAUUCAAUUAAGGUCGUUAGCAAUGCACAGAGCAUACUUUUCACCAGAAGUAUUUUGAAUAUUGUGAUCCCGAGAUAAUGACUGAAAAGCCUUGUCAUAAAUUAUCUGCCAAUGACAAUACACAGCUCAAAUGUAUUUUA